GACGGGAAGGGCAGGCACUCCCUGCAGAGUCCCUGGGGCGCCCGUGGCUCGGGGUGCGCGGUGGGACUCGGUGAAGCCGGCUUCUUCGCCCCAGAGCCGCGGCUUCGGGGCCGCUGGAGGAGCGAGAGUGGCGCCCGGAUGACUGAUCGCCACGGAGAAAGUCCCCCGGGACUGUGACCCCCGCGCCGGGGGGCGGGCGCAGGGCGUGGCUGAGGCGCAGGAAGAUGCCGCGAUGGGACCCGGAAAAACCCACCGACCCCAAAACACCCACUGUGUUUCUCAACCUGAGUUCCCCAGCAGCGGCCGAAGGACCCCAAAGGCUGCAUGGCGCCCCCGUGGCCCCCACCCGCCCGGACGUCGCCUCGCGUGGGUGGGCUUCGCGUUCCCUCCGGGGUUUCAGAGCCACCACGUGACUUCCACGAAGCGCGGGGCGCCGGCGGAAAGCCGCGGCAGGGGUGGGAUUUGGGACCCCGAGAGCCCUGAGGAUGAUGACAGGAAGGUCCGAAGGAGAGAAAAAAACCGAGUUGCUGCUCAGAGAAGUCGGAAGAAGCAGACCCAGAAGGCUGACAAGCUCCAUGAGGAAUAUGAGUGCCUGGAGCAAGAAAAUAGCAGGCUGCGGAGGGAGAUCGGGAAGUUGACGGAGGAGCUGAAGCACCUGACAGAGGCACUGAAGGAGCAUGAGAAGAUGUGCCCGCUGCUGCUCUGCCCCAUGAACUUUGUGCCAGUGCCUCCCCGGCCAGACCCUGUCGCCGGCUGCUUGCCCCGAUGAAGCUGGGGAUACUCCUCUGCCCAACAAGGAGCCUUGGUCAUUUUCACACCUGGGAGGAAGGCUUUCCCUUCACAAUUGUAUACAGGGGGCACCUGUGGCCAGGCCUCCUCCUGGGAGCUCCAGGACCAGCCAGCUGUGUUCCCUGCAGACUGGGCUCAGCCCGACAUCCAAUAGGCGCCAGACUCACAGAGCCCUUGUGCAGAUCCAGCAUGGAGAUACCCUCAGGAGUGACUUUUCAUCCACCCUGGCAGCUAGUAGGUUCUGCUGUUACGCAGAGCCAUUUCCUCUAGAAUUUGGAUAAUAAAGAUGCUUAUUGUC